GGCCCUCAAGAGCCGCGCCGAAACCGUGGGACGGGCCAGCCAGAUGGUGCCCCUACGCGUCUGCCACCGCCUCGUCCACCUGCGCGGCCUCCCCUCCUCGCUUCGGCUUCCUCUCCCCUCCACCAUGGCGGCGCCCCAACCCGGCUGCAAAACCCUUCGCCCCACCACUACUUCUUCGCCGUCUCCUGCCGGCCCGGCCACCAAGAGGUCCAGGACAAUGGCCACGGACGCGGCGGCUUCCCCGGCCUCGGCGGGAUGCUCCGCCAUGAAGGCCGAGUUCACCGGCCACGCCGAGUACCUCAACGCGCUGAAUGAUAAAAGGGAAAGGCUUGUGAAAGCAAGUCGGGAUGUGACAAUGAACAGCAAAAAGGUCAUCUUUCAGGUCCACAGGAUCAGCAAAAAUAACAAGGAGGAAGUUCUUUCAAAGGCGGAAAAUGACCUUGCUGCUGUGGUUAACCAGUACAUUGGAAAAUUAGUAAAAGAACUACAAGGAACUGACUUCUGGAAGCUCAGAAGAGCCUAUACCCCUGGUGUACAAGAAUAUAUUGAAGCUGCAACAUUUUGUAGAUUUUGCAAGACUGGCACUUUAUUGGGUCUAGCUGAAAUUAAUGAUUCUUUGCUUGCUCUAAGUGAUAAAUCCAUUGAGCCCUUGCAGAUAAAUGUGCUUGACUAUCUUUUAGGGGUUGCUGAUUUGUCAGGAGAGCUGAUGAGGCUCGCAAUUGGACGUAUAUCUGAUGGGGAAGUUGAAUAUGCUAAAAAUAUAUGUGCAUUUGUACGUGACAUUUAUAGGGAGCUGACCCUUCUUGUGCCACUGAUGGAUGACAAUAAUGAGAUGAAGAAGAAAAUGGAGGUUAUGCUUCAAAGUGUAGUGAAAAUUGAGAAUGAAUUCUUCAAAAUGCACAAGUGCCUAAACCUUAAAUUCAAGCAAACAUCCUUGCAGCUUGCUUCAGUGUUCAUGUGAGAGGAUCUGAAUACAUCCCUAUGCUGGGAUCAUCUGGCGAGUCAGACUAUGCCUUCUUCGGUGCCGCCGACUAUGACCAAUGAAGCCAGACCGCGUAAUAGACAUGUUUCGGGGACCUAUCUCAAAAAAGAAGCUUUGAACAUGAUCUCAAAAAAGAAGCUUUGAACAUGACUGUAUUAUUUAUUGCUUGUGCACAUCACACCGUAGAACAUGUAAUAUCUGUAUUCUGUAGCAUUCCAAGACUAACCUAGCAUUAUAUUCUUCUUUUA